AAAUAACUGGGCGGGCGCUUUUGGAAAGUAAACAGCAUAUUAUACUAGUCGACAGUGUCUGUACAGUGCCUAUAUAUCCAGCAAACAUGAAGAGGAAUUUCACUGACAGUUCAACUCGUAAUACAGCAGCAGGCUGUCUACCUGUGCCACUGUUCAAUCAGAAAAAAAGGAGCAGGCAGCCACUCACGUCAAACCCGCUUGAAAAUGACCCGAGUCCCAACAAUUCCGCUGAGAAUUUGGACUUUUCUACCAUGCUAGCAGAUUUCGGAUGGGACACCGCAAAGCCAGAACCGACUCGAAUGCAGAAAACUAUAAGCACUGACCCAAAGGUUCCACCUUCUCUGCUAAGACACCAAAACACAUCAUCACAGGCCGCUGUAUCACAUGCAGGAAGGAACUUGAACAACUGGAGAUUAGAGGAGAAAAACGCCAGUGCUAACGUUUGGAAGAGAAACGAUUUUUCAGCUUUUGGCAGCGGAACAGAAAACAGAAAGACCUUGCAAUUAGAGAACAGCGCAGAUUGCUUGGUGGGGACUGGAUCAACACAGCAGAAAUUAGCUGGCCACCUGAAGGCAUCAUGGAGUAGCAACCCAGGAGCGGUAGAACAAAGAAACUCAACUGCAGCCCAGUGGCCAGCCGCGCCAAAAGCCAUGCUGAGGGGCCCACAGGGCCAGAGUGCACCGUAUGCAUUUAAACAGGCUCCUUACCAACAAAAACCUAAGGAGAGAAAAGCCGAUCAUACUCAAGAUGACAAAAUUAUUCAGAAAGGGCCGGUACCUCAAGCCAAACUGAAAGAGAACGACAACUCCCUCAGAAUUAUAUCUGCCGUUAUUCAAAGCAUGAAGCACUGGAGUCAGUACACUCAUAGAGCUCCUCUGUUAUUUGAGGUAUUGGGCGUUCUGGAUUCUGCUGUAACCCCCGGGCCAUACGGUGCCAAGAAUUUCCUUUUGAGAGAUGGGGAAGAGAGUGCGUCCUGCGUCUUCUAUGAGAUCGAUCGGGACUUGCCGAGAUUAAUCAGAGGUCACGUCCACAGGUGCAUGGGAAACUACGACGCAAAACGGAAGGUCUUCAGGUGCGUCUCCGUUAGGCCUGCCACGGUUCCCGAGCAGCAAACUUUCCAGGAUUUUGUCAAAGCUGCAGAUGUCGAGAUGGGCAAAUAUGCGAAAACGAGCAAUGAAGUUUAAGCGUUCGUGUCGCAGUUCAAACCUGGGAAGGAAACACGGCAGCUCCAGCAUGCAUCAGGAAGCAUUAACAUGACACAAAUGGGAAAGGUACCUGGAACACCCAUUGUCAGCGGUUGUACGAAAGCAGCAUUGUGACGCACUACCUAAAAAUAAA